AUGGUUUCCAGGAAAAGCACGGAAAGUAUCGAGUCCCAGGAGGUGUCUCGCGCAGGCACGGUGCCGAAGUUCACCCCGGGGCGGGCAGCUCGCGAUCACCUGCGGCCCUUCGCCUUCCGGCCGCUAUUACUGGAGAAACAGCACGAGAAUUCGGGGGAAGUGAAGGGACCGGAAGCGCGAGCCGGCGCGGGGCGGCGCCGAAGGGGUUACAGCUCCGGGCUGAAGUUCUCAGCAGCCGGCGAGGGAAACCCCCGCUCGGUGCACUUCCUACCUCACGCCUCCUCGGGAUUCCUCUGCUCCGAGCCCACGGGAUCACCCCCGGACCCCCGACCCCGCUGCUGCAGGAGCGCCCCCGACGAGGUUGGGGUUCGGGUCCGGGUCCGGGUCCAGUUCUGGGCGGGGGGGGGCAGCUCUCUGCUUGGCCCCCGGCCCGAACCCGGGCUCUGCAGGAUGGAGCGGGGCGGCGCCGGACCCCUGGACCUGAGCACCUCCGCGCGCAGGCGCCCCGCGGCAGAGGAGGGGGGGGCGGCCGCAGGACGGGGCUUGCCUCACGCCUUCCCCUACGCCCUCUACCCCAUUCCCAGCAUGCCCCAGCUGCUCCUGCAGGCCACGCCCCUGCCCCUCUUCUACCCCCUGGAGGAAGCGGAGGACCGGCUAGCCUCCGAGAUCGCCAUGACCCUGCUGCUAGAGCAGGGAAAGACCCCAGCAGGUGUGUCCUGUCCCCACAGGGUGCUGCACAUCGCGGUGGUGCGCAGUGAGGAGGCAGUGGUGCGCAGGCUGGUGGACAUCCUGCUGCGAGGAGGCCGACACUUGGACAUCUUCAACAACCUGCGCCAGGUGAGACACGGCAGGGUUCGAAUCCCUGGGGCACAGCGCUGGUUAGUGUACAGGCAGCAGUGUGGGGGAUCAGUCAGGGCUGUGCACCUAUCACUGGGGGGUCACGGGUUCGAGUCCCUGGGGCACAGCGCUGCAGUACCCCUGGGGAAGGAACAGCGUCUCCAGGUCAUCGCGAACCUGUUCUCAGUGUCCAGUCAGGGUGUAUUGACCCCUCUCUCUGUCCCUCAGUGUGGUGCCAGUGUCAAUGCCCAGUCCUACUCGGGGAACAGUGCUCUGCACAGUGCCUGUGGCCGGGGCCUGGUGGAGGCUGUGCGUCUGCUGCUCAGGAACGGCGCGGACAGCAGCCUGAAGAACUACCACAACGACACGGCGCUGAUGGUGGCCAAGAACAAGAGGGUCACUGAUGUCUUGAGGGGGAAAGGAGGGCGCCACCUGAACCCCAAACCCCUGGAGCCCCCCCCAGAUGCCCCAUCCCCUCACAGCCUGUCUCCCUCCCCGCACCAGCACAGCGCUGAUGGAACGCCGGCCCAGUCUCCCGGCCACGCCCCUCUCCGAUCCCCAUUGGCUGCUGGUCACCACGUGGCCCCACCUCCUGCCCCCAGUCCGUCCCACCAGACCGCUGUGGCUCCUCCCACACGUUCUCCAAUCAGCCAGUCAGCCGAGGCGGAGAGGAGGUCGUCUCCCGUGGAAACGCAGGAACACGCCCAGCAGGAGCACAAGAGGUUGAAAGAGGACGUGCCAGGAAACAGGAUGAUGACAAUUCCCCGGGUGCAGUUUCAGUUCUUUCCACUAGGGGGUGGUGGUUACCCCUCGCCACUCCGGGAUGCAGUUGCUCUUCCGGGGGGCGGGCCCGUGCCCCUCCACGCCCCAUUCCCCCCCGCAGCUGUCGAGUUUCCCAAAGGCUAUUACAUCGAGCCCCAGUACACCUCCUUCCUGCCCCUGCCCCCAUCGCUCACACCCCUGCCCCUCGUCCCUGCCCCGCUCAGCCACGGCCUCUCUCCUCACCCUCCGGUCAGCCUGCCCCGCCCCUCCAGCCGGGGCAGCGACAGCCAAUCGGACGCGUCCUCCAUGAGCAUGAGCAGCGAGGGCAAAGGUGAGAGCUGACAGCGGGACUGGAGGGCGGAGAGUGAGCUCACGGCCAUGUCACCCACAGGCCUGCAGAGCGCUGGCUUCCCACAGACAGGACUCGACCCCCCCGGAGCAAGUGAGCUCCCCGAGACUGCAGACGAGUAACUG